GUGGCUCGGGCCGGGGCGCGGCGGGGCCGCCGGGUUGCCUGGCGCUGUGUGUUUGCCGCGCGCGCGUCGCUCCGUCCGCUCCGCGGCGGGGCACGGUAGAGAGGCGGGCGGACCCGUCGGGCUUGCGCGGGGCCGCCGUCCUCCGUGACCGCGGAAUCGUGGUGGUCGCCGCCGCGGUGAGCGGGACCGCCUCUCGAUUAGGGACUGGGAUCAGGUCCCGGCUUCUUGGGGCCGCCCUGUGCUUGCCAAACGGCUGGAGCCUGAGUCUUCGGCCGCAGCCCAUCGCCCACCUAGCAGCUCCCCGCCUUUCUCUCCUCGAGAAGUUAUUUAACAGUAACAAAAAUACGUACAAAAUCCAGAUGUUCCUUGCGCUGAGCCCCAAAGGGAGAAAGAAAGAAAAAAAAACCCUCCAAGCUGGAGGAAUUUGUUUUUCUUGCGCUUUGCUUCUGACGCUGUGGCGUGGACCCCUGCCCGCGGGAGCGCGUCUGCAGGACCUGGCCUGGAGCGCAGGGCCCGGCCGGAGCGUCCCGCGGUGUCACUGCCGGUGCUCGCGUGUGUCUGCAGCGGCGCCUUGCCGGGCUGUCGGCGCGUUUCUCUGCCUUUCCUUCCCUUCCCCCCUCCCAGGUCGGGGAUGCCCAGCCCAGCGACCUUAUAGGGACCUCGCCGCGCUUCGGGCACGCCGAGGUGCAGGGUGGCACCGUGCGAGGCAGCGCCCCCGGCCUCCCCGCCACUCUCCCACCUCUGCCCCGGGCGCCGCCCCUGGGAGCCCUGGUUGGCCUUCGGAUCCCAGCCCCCGACCUGGGCGCCCUGGGCCGCUCCCUGGGCCGCCGCCCUCCGCCGGUCACCUGUUCCCGGCCCUCUGGCCCGAGCGCCGGCGCGAGGCUGCCUGGCCGGCAGAGGGCCCCGUUGGUCCAGGAAUCUGGCACCCGCCAGGGUGGGGAGAGGCCGCCUGGGCCGAGGAGCCCUGCAGGUGUAUCCUGUUCUCAAAGAAAAUAAAAUAUUUUCAUGGGAAACUUUCCCUUUGUGUUUUUCUUUCUCCGCCUUUUUUCUCUCCGUUCCUUUCUUCUGGGUCGUCUUCCAGGGUCAGCUCGGUGUCUCCGUUCCCUGGGGCCCCCACCCACAACCCUCUCCUGGCUCCGACUGUGGGUACGGCCCUGGGCCGGGCUGGCACGCCACGGCACGCCAUCUGUGCAGCCCGUAGCCUCACCCGGGAAGGCAGAAGGGAGGGCCACAGGUCCGCGGCUGACGGGCAGCGAGCCCCUGACCGUCCUCCCGCUGACCCUGGAGCCCGAGGCGGCCGCCCAGGCGCACUACAAGGCCUGCGACCGGCUGAAGCUGGAGCGGAAGCAGCGGCGCAUGUGCCGCCGGGACCCGGGCGUGGCGGAGACGCUGCUGGAGGCCGUGAGCAUGAGCGCGCUGGAGUGCCAGUUCCAGUUCCGCUUUGAGCGCUGGAACUGCACGCUGGAGGGCCGCUACCGGGCCAGCCUGCUCAAGAGAGGCUUCAAGGAGACCGCCUUCCUCUAUGCCAUCUCCUCGGCUGGCCUGACCCACGCACUGGCCAAGGCAUGCAGCGCGGGCCGCAUGGAGCGCUGUACCUGUGAUGAGGCGCCCGACCUGGAGAACCGCGAGGCCUGGCAGUGGGGGGGCUGCGGGGACAACCUCAAGUACAGCAGCAAGUUCGUCAAGGAGUUCCUGGGCCGGCGGUCCAGCAAGGAUCUGCGAGCCCGCGUGGACUUCCACAACAACCUCGUGGGUGUGAAGGUGAUCAAGGCCGGGGUGGAGACCACCUGCAAGUGCCACGGUGUGUCAGGCUCCUGCACGGUGCGGACCUGCUGGCGGCAGCUGGCGCCCUUCCACGAGGUGGGCAAGCACCUGAAGCACAAGUAUGAGACGGCGCUCAAGGUGGGCAGCAUUACCAACGAGGCUGCCGGCGAGGCAGGCGCCAUCUCCCCGCCGCGAGGCCGCGUCUCAGGGGCGGGGGGUGGUGACCCGCUGCCCCGCACUCCGGAGCUUGUGCACUUGGACGACUCACCCAGCUUCUGCCUGGCCGGCCGCUUCUCCCCAGGCACCGCUGGCCGCAGGUGCCACCGCGAGAAGAACUGCGAGAGCAUCUGCUGCGGUCGCGGCCAUAACACACAGAGCCGGGUGGUGACGAGGCCCUGCCAGUGUCAGGUGCGCUGGUGCUGCUACGUGGAGUGCCGGCAGUGCACGCAGCGCGAGGAGGUCUACACCUGCAAGGGCUGAGUCCUCAGGCCCCGCCAGCCCUGCUUCCCGGGGUGCAGGCAUUGCACACGGUGUGGAGGGUCUCCACCUGUAAGUCUGAGUGUCUAGGCCCAGCCCCAGCUGUGUGGGGUACCAGCAUUGCACACGGCAUGGAGGGUCUCCACCUGCAAGGCUGAGUGGCUGGGCCCAGCCCAGCUGCCCGGGGUGCCAGCAUUGCACAGAGCAUGGACAGUCUCCACCUGCAAGGCUGAGUGUCUGGGCCCAGCCCAGCUGCCCAGGGUGCCGGCAUUGCACACGGCAUGGAGGGUCUCCACCUGCAAGGCUGAGUGUCUGGGCCCAGCCCCAGCUGUGUGGGGUACCAGCAUUGCACACGGUGUGGAGGGUCUCCAUCUGCAAGGCUGAGUGUCUGGGCCCAGCCAGCCCUGCUGCUCCGAGUGCAGGUAUUGCACAUGGUGUGAGAAGGUCUCCACCUGCAGGGGACGAGUGCCCAGGCCUGGCCAUCCCUGCUGUGUAGGGUGAGGGCCAUGCACACAGUGUGAGGGGUCUACACCUGCAAGGACUGAGGGUCUUUCCUGGCACCCUGGGGCAUACAGCUGAAGCAGGGGGACGGGGGCCAUCUGAAUUGGCUAUCUAAGCCCUGUGUCUCCCCAUCUCCAGCACCCAGAGGCAGGAGCUGGCUCUGGUCUGGUGUGUGCAACCUCUGCUUACGCCCUGGGCCACGACCUCCUCCAUCUGACCCGAGAGCAUUGCUCCAAUGCUUUCUGAGCUGUCUCCCGUCCCCAGCACACCAGUCCCCGGGGAGCAGCGCCCCAUGCCAGCCCACUGGCUUUUGCUCCCCACCGCCUCUGAGGCACAGGGGCAGGUGCACCUUGAUGACCAUGUGGCCUGUGUGUGGGCUGCCCGUGGGGACUGGCCUGGCCCAGGCUGCCCCGACACCAGCACUGUCUUCGGAGAGUGAAACCACUAGAGGAGGACGCAGCCUGUUCCGCCCCCGCAGGGCCCGGCCAUGCAGGUGCCCAGGCUGGGGGGACACUGCCGACCUCCGACGUUGAGCACUUCUCUUUGGAGUAAAUAUCAGUGACUUUUAAAUUAUUAUGAUUAUUUAACUAAUAUAAUAAUUAUUAUUUUCUCCAUCCCUGCCACCUCCCGCUCUCAGCUAAGCUCCAGUCUGGGAGGCCCCACCUCCGUCCCUGACCUGUUGCCUCCCAACCCCGCCUCUGAUCUGCUUCGUUUGAAACCACUAAAUCGAGAUUGUUGUGUAGUUAAGAAAACACGGUGAGCUGUGUCUGGCCACAGCCCUCGGGGCUUCUGGAAGCCAGCUCCCCUCACCCCGUGCCAGCUGGCCACUGCCACGUGGUGGGCCAGUAGGGGCCCCUGCCCUGCACCCUGUGGGCAGAGGGCCCAGCCUGGCGGCUCCGCGCAGAUUCUUGGGCUGGAGUUGGUGGUGGGGUGUGGGCGCUGUGAGGGGCAGGACGGCCCUUUGGUUCAUGUCAUAUCAUGAGGAAGCCGCUUGCUCUUCCUCACUGUGUUACUAGGGGACAGAUUGGGACAGAGGCCAGUGGAGGGAGUCUCAGGCUCGCAUCUGGCCACAGAACGCCGUGCUUUAUGGCCCUGCUGUUGUGUUUGCUGGGGACAGUGUGCCUUGCACUAACCUGGCUUGGUUUGAGGGUGUGGUAUGUGUGUGUUGUGAGUGUGUGCACUGGUGUGGGUGUGUGUGUGUGCUGGCAUGGUCAUUGCAUGUGUGUGAAUGUGGUGUGUGUGCUGGUGUGGUCAGUGGUCAGUGUGUGUGUCUGUGUGUGUACUGGUGUCAUCUGUGUGUGUAUACUGGUGUGGUUGGUUGUGUGUGUGUGCUGGUGUGGUCUGUAUAUGCAUGUGUAUACUGGCAUGGUCAGUGUGUGUGUGUGUGUGUGUGUGUACUGGCAUCUGUGUGUGUGCUAUCAUGGUCAUUUGUGUGUGCUGGCGUGGUCAGUGUGUGUGAGUGCAUAUACUGGCGUGGUCUGUGCGUGUGUGUACUGGCGUGGUCAGUGCGUGUGAGUGCAUGUACUGGCGUGGUCAGUGUGUGAGUGCAUGUACUGGUGUGGUCUGUGUGUGAGUGCAUGUACUGGCAUGGUCAGUGUGUGAGUGUGUGUGUACUGGCGUGGUCAGUGUGUGUGAGUGUGUGUACUGGCGUGGUCAGUGUGUGUGAGUGUGUGUACUGGCGUGGGCAGUGUGUGUGAGUACAUGUACUGGCAUGGUCAGUGUGUGUGUGUGUGUACUGGCGUGGUCAGUGUGUGUGAGUGCAUGUACUGGCAUGGUCAGUGUGUGUGAGUGCAUGUACUGGCGUGGUCAGCUUGGCCGUGCUCUGCUGUCAGUGGCAUGGUGCUGCCUUAGGUUCUCAGAGCCUCUCGCCCCGGGCUCCAUCUGGUGGGUGUUCCAGCAGCUGUGGGCUGGGUUCUGGGUGGGCUGACAGUGUGGACACAGGAACUACUGAAUGAAUGGGUGUCUCAGAGCCCCAAAGGUCUCCAGAAAGCCCGGCGGGGGCUCUGUGUUUUUAAAAGAAAACCUAUUUAUGUUGCUGUGGGUCUCGCCAUUCCUGUGUUGUAGUACGUAAGAACGUUUAUUCUCCUGUGGUUCAGAGGGCACCGGACACGUGUCUGUGGCUGUGUCACUAGACCGCAGUGUGGGUACAGGACGCUGGGUUUGUCCCUGGUCUGGUGCAGGCCUGGCUGGCGGGGGGUGGCCCCUGCCCUCUGCUGUGUCCGUACCCACCGGACCCCGAGAGGCACAGCUGGCCACACACCCUCAUGACAUGACAAGACUGUCGCUCAGUCACUAUUGGGUCUAUGAAGGGCGUCAAGUCAGAGGAAGGUUUUUAUUUUUAAUCAAAUAUCACAUUUAGCUCUAUGUCAUAAGUAUUCAGAAAAGUAUUUUUUUAAACAAGGCAGACUGAAAAUGUCUGCUCGCGAGUUGGUUUCUAUACAAACAUAUAUUGGAAUGUCUUGCUGGAUUAAGAGGCCGCUUGGCCGGAGCCUCCUGUUUCAUGCGCUUCUCUUCUGUGGGGCAGUAGAGGACAAAGGGCUGUUGGGAGGGGCUCGGCCCGCUCCUUGGCCAGGGGACCCAGCCACCUUCUCUGCACCGGGCCCUGUCCUGAGGAACCUGGACCCCCGGGUGGCUUCUGGCCAGGUGUGGGUGGGCGGGAGGGGCCCCGUGUGUGCUCCGAGUCUCCAUGCGUGCAAUGAUUUCUCUACCUCAUCUGUGUGGCCCGUCCCAGAGGGACUGUGGAGAAUGUAUUUAUUUAACAGCUUUGUGUCACAGAACCGGAAACAAAUGGAAACACGAAAUAAAUGUAUUUUAAAUUAUAGCCUCA